UAAUUAUCAAGAAUGUUCUUCAAAGUGUUAGGCUCUUGGCUGAUGGUGAGCACUCCCCAAAUUCACGUUCACUUGCUGACAAUCCCAUAGCAUCUCGCUCGUUCACUACGAACUGUGUAGUUGGUAUCGAAGCUAACAAGAAACGAAUUGAUCAACUUUUACAUGAGUCGUUGAUGCUUGCAACAAUUCUGAACAGUCACUUGGGUUAUGAUAACGUCGCAAAGGCUGCCAAGAAGGCACAUAAGGAAGGAACAACACUCAAGGAAGCUACUGUCUCUCUCGGUUUCUUAACUCCAGAAGAAUUCGAUCAAAAGGUUCGACCAGAGCUUAUGCUUUAUCCUGAUGAUUUCAAAGCGGCAAGUUUAUAUUUGCCAUCGGACAACGCUCCGAAUUGGCAAAGUCGAAAAACUGCAACCCCGACUUUGGACCCUACCACCCCCAAAAAACGCGUAUCCUCCUCAAAUAUGGCACCUAUUCUAACUGGAAAAAGUUCAGAAUCCGGAACGGCGCGUGUUAUAGGGUCCGGCCUAUCUGUAGCGAAGAGAUUGAUGUCCAAUAAACAGAAAUUUUCGUCGGGGAACGCGAAUUCCAUCCUCUUUCGGGAAUACGCAUCGGCUUCUCUUUCAAAAAAGUUUUUCUCUCUCUUUCCUGGUCUGGGUUAUGCUGCAGGCUAUAAAAUCGCUCAGAGAAUAUACAAGUUCGGUGGACAACCCUAUUUCAAUGACCUAAUCCGUGGUACACCUACCCUUAAGAAUGCAUUCACCAACGCCUUUGGGGAGAGAAACGCCAAGAAUAUGAUGCAUGCCGCUGCCGGAAGCUUGACUGGUAUCGGUGAAGUCGUAUUGUUGCCGUUGGAUGCUCUGAAAAUCAAACGACAAGUCAACCCGGAAGCCUUCAGAGGCCGAGGGGCUGUUCAAAUCUUCCUUCAAGAAGGCACGACGCUUUAUAGAGGAUGGGGAUGGACAAUGGCGCGUAAUGCACCAGGCAGCUUCUCGGACUAUUCAAAGGCAACAUGGUGGCAAAAUUUCAUUGCGUCAACUGCAGGGGCCGUCGCUUCAAUAACAGUCGCUGCUCCGUUGGAUACAAUCAAAACUAGGAUACAGAACGCUAACUUUGAAACCAAAGUCCAUGGUGUCAAAGUUGUUCGUGACUUAAUGAGAAAUGAAGGCCCUACAGCCUUCUUUAAAGGCCUGACACCCAAGAUCUUGGUUGUAGGGCCCAAGCUGAUUUUCAGCUUCACACUGGCACAAACACUCAUCCCUAUAGUUGGGAAGAGUGCAAAGUUGGCAAAGUUGUACACUAUUCAUGAUGCGAUAUCUCCGUUAAACACGUCAAAAAUGGGAAUAGUGGAUUAA